CCGUGCUCAUGCAUGGGGGCUUUGCGGCAGUUCAUAAGAAGCUAUCCUCGUCUGGUUUGGCGUCCCUGACCCUUUUUCUCUGAUCGAGUACCUUUCCACGCAUCUGGCAUUCUCUCAUAACCACCACCACCACCUCACUGCGGUACCCCUGCGAAUCAACUAACCAGGCUCUUCCGGUACGUGGAUGCAUCCUCUGGAACAGAAGUCGUUGCUUGCUACCAACCCACCAGAGUGGUUGACGGAUAUCCGACGCCACGAAGAAGAAUACGAGAUGGAUCCUUCGUUCGGGCAGAGGAUGGAGCACAGCCAGCCCAGCGAUGCGUCGUCGUAUGUCGAGAAUGGGCUGCACCCUGUCCCGGAGUCCUCGUCGGACAAGAUCGUUGGCGGGCCGCAAUACCACCAGUACAAGCAGUACAGCCAGGUGCCCACCUCAGGGGGUCAGCCCAUCGAGCCCGUCACACAGAAGAGGAGGAUAUGUGGUGUGGGCAAGGCGGUGUUCGUGCUAUGGUGUAUACUGGGUUUCUUGCUCGCUGUCCUCUGCGUCGUCGCUGGCGUCUUUGGCAACAUGAUUGCGAGGCAGGACGCGCGGAUACUGGAACUCAAGAACGUCGCAGCGACACAAACCACACAACCGGACACCAACGCCACGUCGACGACAGCGGCGCCAGCGGCGACAACGACGUGGGUCGAGGUCGCCAACUGGGAGUACAUCGGGUGUUACCUGGACAGCGCGGACCGCGCGUUCCCGGACAAGUACACGCUCAUCGACAACCAGACGAACCGGCUGUGCGCGGCCGCGUGCGCCGACUACGAGUACUUCGGCACCCAGUUCGGGGACCAGUGCUACUGCUCCAGCACGCCGCCAGAGACGGCCGCGCCGGCGUGGAACUGCGACAUGCACUGCAACGGCGCGCAGACGUCGGAAAUCUGCGGCGGAUACUUCUUCUUGAGCGCGUGGAAGAAGAAGGCGACUUGAGACGACAAGAGAAGUUGAAUGCCACAGCUUUGGAGCUGGAAGGGCUAUGAAGAGGUUUCGCUUUGCGACUGUAAUGACUGUCGCCUGAAUUGUUGGAGUUAUGUCGGCACACGGCCCUGGAGUUCUGGAAAGACUUUACAAAAGGACGGUUCACGCAAAUACCCUGGAUAGACGAUCGGAUUAAUGGGAAAUCAAAACGCAACGCGAUGGCUUGGGUGCUUAUCCGUCCUCUUGGGAGGGUUCAGGAGUUGUUGUCUAGCUCUUGUGGGAUGUUGUGAUGAGAUCAGAUGGACAGAAAUGCGUUGCUUUAUAAAUGUCAAUAACGACGGUCUUCUCAAUAUCCAGCAAUGGAUCCAAACAACC